CAGCUGCGUAAAUGAGUAUGGAAGAUUAUGAUUUCCUCUUCAAAAUUGUUUUAAUUGGCAACGCUGGUGUGGGGAAGACCUGCUUAGUCCGUCGCUUCACUCAGGGGCUUUUCCCACCAGGUCAAGGAGCCACGAUUGGAGUUGAUUUUAUGAUUAAAACCGUGGAAAUAAACGGCGAAAAAGUAAAGCUGCAGAUCUGGGACACGGCGGGGCAGGAGCGCUUCCGAUCCAUCACGCAGAGCUACUACCGCAGCGCCAACGCGCUGAUCCUCACCUACGACAUCACCUGCGAGGAGUCCUUCCGCUGCCUGCCCGAGUGGCUGCGCGAGAUCGAGCAGUACGCCAGCAGCAAGGUCAUCACCGUGCUCGUGGGUAAUAAGAUUGAUUUAGCUGAUAAGAGGGAAGUCUCCCAGCAAAGAGCUGCAGAGUUUUCCGAAGCGCAGGACAUGUACUAUCUGGAAACCUCAGCAAAAGAAUCGGAUAAUGUGGAAAAACUCUUCCUGGACUUGGCCUGCAGGUUGAUCAGCGAGGCACGACAGAACACCCUGGUGAACAAUGUCUCAUCCCCCUUACCAGGAGAGGGGAAAAGUAUCAGCUACUUGACUUGCUGUAAUUUUAAUUAAAGAGCUGAUAUGGAAUUGCCCCUUCCAGCGUGGGCCAAGAGGAUUUUUUUUUUUUGUUGGGAUUUAUCUACUUCAAGGGUAUUCCUGCCACUUUGAUCCAUCUGACUUACCCUGAGGUUGCAGGCUUGGAAGCAUGGCAGGCUGGUGGCUCCAGCUGCAUGGCAACAUAGCAGAAUACACAUGGUUUAAUUUUCAUUUUCCUUGCAGUCUCUGGAGAAGGUCAGGAAAAGAAGAGCUGCAUCAGUGUCUCAUGCAAUGCAGACCAGGAACUAUUGUGUUUCCUCCUGUGGGACACCACAGCAGCCCCUCU